CAGGAGGGAAAACAAGGCAGCUUCCUUGAAGACACAGAAGGCGUGUCCCAUCAUUAUGUGUGCCAAUUCACAAUUGCAAGGUGGAGCCACGAAGAGCUCCCUAAAAGCAAACUCCUCCACCUGAAAACAGUCACACACUCGCAGAUGAAAGAGCCUCGAACUUACAUUCCUGGACAAGAGUUAAACACCUGAAGCUCUGCUGAAACUAGCUGGACUACCAGGACGACGCUGGGCAGAGAGCACUUCCAGGAGCGUCUUCAUACUGAACAUAAAUGCUGCCGUCAACGCCGGAAGCUAACCACAGCGUCAAAAUGCUUGCCAUUUUAGAGCAGUGGGACCAGGCGUCUGGCUUUCACACAGACUACAGUGAAAAGUAUUUUUUUCUUUUGCUCUUCAAGUGUGGAAUGGACGCAGUGGUCUACUACGUGUGGUGCCGGACACAUUACAAAUCCCUGUUAAGCAUGUGCAGCCUGUCCAUCGCGCUGGCUGACUUUGUGAUGUUGCUGUAUAUGGCGACCAUGUGGUUUCUUGGGGUUGAAAUGUCUGUUGUGUCACCCUGCUUCUUUUUGGCCAACGCUGCAGCGACAUAUGCAGCCCUCCCGCUGCCCAUGAUGGUCCUGGGUUUACUGGAUUACUGUUUAGAAGACACGUGUGUCAGCAACCACAGAACCUCCUGCAAACUCCUCAGGAACGCGGUCCUGACACUGCUGGUUUGGGUGCUUGCGGUUCGUUACUCCUUGACUUCUGUCAGCGCAGAGCCGAUGGAGCUGCACGACAAGACAGGGGUGUCAGCUCUGGUGUGUGAAGUGGAGGAGUCAGCACUGGCUACCUACUUCGUUGUGGCGCUUUUCAGUGCAACAAUUUUCACAAUACCACUGUUUUGGUCAAGUAUUCCCCAGUGGCUGAAAGAGGCUGACAGGUUAUCUGACGCAAGGGAGAAACACGAGAACAACAAGAGCGACUUGUUUGUCACUUCAACCCCCUGCAUGGAGGCAAAAAGCAGUGAGGGGAACUAUCUGGAAGAGAACAUCAAGCAGCGACCGCCUCUGUGGUUCAGCCUCACGCUGGGCUUUGGUGUGUUUUGGAUGCCUUAUCUUGCCUUGUGUGUGGCCUGCUUGGUCCUUGGCUUUGCAGUACCUGCCUACAUCUCCGUGAAUCUCCUGUUGUUGGAAUGCGCCAACAGUCUGCUCAUAGGUGUAGUGUUCUGGGUGAAGAGCAAGACGCGAGGGCCCUACAGCCAUCUACCAGAAAACGUGUGCACAUGGAGAGUUUACUGGCAUUUGAGCCAAGGAAUGCAACAGAAGCAACUCCCUGUAGCUGUGUUUAACCCAUCAAAAGGGAAGAACAACAGUUACUUCAAUGUGUGAGGAAAUGCAACAGACCUACACUUAUGAUGGAGGAAAGGGAGUUCAUAAAAAUGAAGACGCACCUGUGAAUAGUUUACCUGUGUGACUGCUGCUUAAGAUGCCUAAAGGGACUUAUGGCUGACUGCUAAAAAUCCUGGACACAUAAAGCAAAACGUUGCUGCAAACUGUUAUUCUUUGAAGAGUUGUUCUGUGGUUAUUAAGCUAAACUUUUAUAAAUGAAGAAAAAUAUGUUAUUUGUGGAGGAUUGAAUUUACUGCACACUCAAUACUCAAUAUAGACAUGAGGGAAAUGCUUUGUGACAACUUUCUGUUGUAAACAGUUGUGGUUUCAUAAACUUUUAAUAAAACAUAAUGAAAAACA